ACAAAGUAGAAUAACUUGGUGUGUAAGCUUGAAUGUUUUGUCCACUAAGUCAAAUCCCAAAAAAAAAUUAUAAUUAGACUACUGUUUAUACGUGGUGCUGUUAGUAGAGUGUUUGUAAAUUUUGUCAUACGAGAAGAAGUUUAACGGUGGAGAUGGCGACGGCCAAAAUAUCUUUAUUCACCCCUAAAAAUUACGAGUAUGAUUGCACUCGCAAGUGCCGUUGUGUAGAGCAUGGAAACCGGAUUACUGCAGCAUUAACUAAACGGUCAAUAGAUGAUGAUCAACUUGGAGCAUUUAUAGCUAAGACAUGCGCUAACUACAUGGAUAUUGUAGAUGAUUUGGGUCGGUCGGCUGUACAUUUGGCAGCAUCGGUGAAUCGUUAUGCGAUAUUGGAGUGGCUGCUUAAUCAGGGAGCCAUUAUUAACAGCCGCGAUUAUGAGUCGGGCAGCAGCGCGCUUCAUCGCGCUAUCUAUUACGGUUGCAUCGACUGCGCAGUGUUGCUCUUACGUUAUGGUGCUAGUUCGGAGUUACUAGAUGAGGACAAGCGUUGUGCUCUGCAGAAUGUUUGUCGAGCACUUGAUUUUCCCAAAUAUGCGAGUGUACCAAGUAGAAACGAAAUCUUAGUUUGGGGUACAAAUAAAAAUUACAACCUAGGCACUGGCAAUGCAGAACCAACUAAUACUCCACAAUCGGUAGACUUUUUUCGCAAGGAACACAUUUCAAUUGAUUCUGUAGCUCUAGGCGCUUAUCAUAGUCUCUUUUUGGAUAAGAAGGGAUUGCUUUACGCGGUAGGGCACGGAGAGGGUGGUCGUUUAGGUACUGGUGGUGAGCAUAGCUUAGCAACACCAAAAAAACUUAAAGUUCCAAUAAAAAACGUUGGAGAGAAAGUAAUAUGUAUAAGCGCUUCCCGAAAACAUUCAUUAUUGUUGACAAACCGUUCCACCGUAUUUGCAUGUGGGUUGAAUGAAGACAAACAGUUAGGCGUUCGUGAUGCUGGCGAUAAACUGUCUAGUUUUCGGGAAGUGAUAACAUUGCGCGAUUUGAAUGUUUCAGAUCUAUUACGUGUAAUUGCUAGAGACUAUCACUCAAUUGCCUACUCGGAUAAAUGUAUUUACAUGUGGGGUACAAACCAUGGCCAAAUGAACUUAGAUGACGGUAUAAAGACUGUGCCUAUUCCAAAGCAAAUAAAAUUGCCACCAAAAACCACUAUCGAUUUCGUGGAUGGCAAUAAUUACGGAACUGUUGUUUACACCAAAGAUGCCAAUAUUUUGUUGUUCUUCAAUGGCAAAAUGCGAUUAAUCAAACCACCAAAUUUUGAGGCGUUGAAGAGCAUAUCCGUUGUUGGUGGUGACGUAUCAAAAUCUGGUAAAGGGACAGCUACCGCUUUGAAGCUGCUUAUGUUAACACAAACCAAUGUAAUUUUUUUCUGGUAUGAAAUGACCCAACACUUUUACAGGUGCAACUUUUCGCAUAUUCGCAUCUCACAAAUAGAUAAAAUUUUCUACAAAGCUAAUCAAGUGUUCAUACUGUCGGAAGGUGAUGUCUAUAAAGGCAAAUGCCAGCAGGUGCCGGUGCCGACGUAUAUGACAAAAAAGGAAAAUCAAAAACAUCCUUCAUCUACGGCCAAUAUUUGGAGUAGUUGCGAUCAAAAUAGAACGGAAGUGUCCAAGGAUCACACGAUUCGUAUCGAGUUGCAAAGAAUCUCUAGUAUCGAUCGAGCCGUUGAUAUACUCUGUGAUGACGAUUUCACAUCAUUUGCUGUAUUACAGGAGUCGCAUCUGAAAUAUUUUAAAACGCCCAAUUUGACGCCAGAAAAAUAUAGUUUUAAGAAACUCUACAAUGAAAUGGACGAAUUUGAUGCCAUACAUGAUGUAGUAUUUCAUGUCGAUAGCGAGACAUACGCUGCGCAUAAACUGUUUGUAUAUGCUCGAGCACCUGGCCUACGAAACAUUCUAAAGACAUAUGAUGAGAAACACAUCUACUUAAAUUUUAAACUUAUGACAGGAAAGAUGUUCGAACUGAUGCUUAAGCACAUUUACACGAAUCAAUUUCCAAAUGAAAAUGAUUUGGACAAUAUUCAGCAUAGUUUAGGUCCUGACUGUCCAGCCGAACGUAUUGACGUUUGCCGUUUGUUCCUACAUUUUGUAGAAAAGUUUAAAAUAAAAAAUUUGGCCGAUUUUUUGCAAAGCGUUUUACGGCAGUCUCCUUUCCACUUGCCUCAAAUGAUGGAUGUAUCUAAGUACCGUUUUAACCGCUUAUAUCAUAGUGAUUUUCCGGAACUCUACGAUGUGAACAUCAUUUGCGGUGACGAUGUUGUUAUACCAGCACAUAAAUGUAUUCUAGUAGCGCGUCUUGAAUACUUUAACAUGAUGUUUACGCACACAUGGGCCGAACAGAGCAGCGUCAAUUUGAGCACCAUACCGCCAGAGUAUAUGCGCCCCAUUGUGGAGUUCUUAUACAGCUCUGAUGUGGAGAACUUUCGAAAGCAAAAUUUUACAGAAACUUUUUUGUACAAUAUGAUUGUGUAUUGCGAUCAAUUCUUUAUAGAACGCUUGCGCAAGGUUUGCGAAAUUCUGAUAUUGGAUAAGUUAACCAUACGCAAGUGUGGAGAAAUGCUGGACUUUGCACACAUGUAUAAUUGUGAUAUUUUGAAGAAGGGAUGCUUAGAAUUCAUUUGCCAAAAUCUGGCACGAGUAUUGAAUUGCAAAAGUUUGGAUAUGUGUGAGCCAGAGGCGCUCAAGUGCAUAAACGAACAGUACAGAAAAAUGUUUGAGGAUGUCUUUGAUUAUCGCAUGAUAACACCCGAUUCAGACGCUGUUGAUGAUGAAUUAUUAAAGAGCUUUGUGGAUGAUUUUCGGGUUGAUCUAAGUUAUCGUAUGAAUGAAGACGAAGAAGUCUUAAUGAAAACAUCAGCCAAGUUGAAGUUAAAGGAAAACAGAAACAAUAUGAAUGCAAAACGGCAAUAUGAGCUUGACGCAAUAUCCUCAAUGCUGGAGUCAAUAAAUACAAAUGAAAAAAAUGUUAAAGUAACUCAAGACACUCAAUCGAAAGUGGCGAAAGAAGCUGCAGAGGUUGCAGAAAAACUACAAGCGGAGGCGCGUACUUGGAUGAAAGUGGCCGAUAAAAAAGAUCAAAAGAAGCGACAAGCUCUAGAUCAUUCGCUUAAAAUUAACGAAAUAUUAAAAGGAGAAGAUAAGCCAACGGUUGAACUAUUGCCAUUAACAAAGACAACUUCCGAUACAAUGGCAACUAUCCCAAAGUCUCCUAAAACAUCUGAGGUGGCGUUACCAGAGAAGGAAACUGCUCGAACACCAGUGAAAGGAUACAGUUUGAAUUUAGCAGACUUUACUCCUCCGUCACGUGAGAAGCUUUCACAGAAACAGCGUAAACGACUCACUUCGGAAUCAACUACAUCAUGGCGUGCCUCUUCAACAACGGAUAGCAAACCCGUCAAUGUACCAGCUCCACAAACGAACGCCUGGGGAGUUUCAUCACAGACUUCACCGAACGCAUGCUCAGUGUCUCCGCCCACGGGCAGCAUUGGUGAUACGAGCUCUUUCGCAAAUAUGAUGCGAAGUGGCGGCAGCAGUGCGCCGAAUAACGCAGAUAAUAGUUUUUCACGAAUUCUAGCUGACGAACGAAAACAGCGGGAUUAUUAUGAGCGCAUGCGCAGCAAAUCACUAGCACUGACGCAAAUUGAAGAAUUGGCAAUAUCAGAGUUACGUGAGUUUUACAAUGUGGAAAAUGUGACGGAUGAGGAUAUAACUAUCGAAAGAAGGUCGUUGCCUACGACUAUGAAUUUCGCCGUCUGGCAACGUCAUUGAAAUGGUAAGGGUUGGUAGAAGUUGGUAAAAUGUGAAGUAGGCAAAUCUGCUCUAAGCAGGAUUUAGUGAGCUAAAAUAACGACAACAACAACAACAAAAGUAAUAACGGCUUGCUGGCUGAGCGAACAUUAUAUUUUAUUUUUAAUCAAUUACGCUUCUUUAUUUAUAUUUAAUGAUUUUGGACAAAUGAUGUUUUCUACAUA